AUGGUGUCUUCCCUCAUAGACAAUGACACUAGAUGGUGGAGAGUUGAUGUAAUUAAUGCCACUUUUCUGCCUCCUGAAGCCAUCACCAUCCUUAAAAUCCCCCUAAGUUAUAAUCUGCCAGAGGAUUGUCUUAUCUGGAUAGGCAACAAGAAGGGUGAGUUUACGGUUAAAAGUGCAUAUUAUAUAGCUUCAGGUAUUUUGGAUUCAGUUGAGGAUGGUGAAAGCACCUCAAGCAGCUCAAGGACCCUAUUGUGGAAGUGGAUAUGGCAGCAAAAAGUCCCUCCGAAGAUCAAAAUUUUUGCUUGGAGGACUUGUGUCAAUGGUCUUCCAACUAUGCAAAAUCUAAACCACAGAGGAGUUCAUUGCUCUAGCUUCUGCCCAUUAUGUGACAAAGCCAUUGAGACCACAGUCCAUGCACUUCUUCAUUGUGAUCAUGCAAAAAUGACUUGGGCAUUUUGGUACAAUUUUCCUGUGGACCUCUCUACUUCCUUUUGUGACUUGGUGGAUAUUGCCUUAGAUUUUAUUGCAAAAGGCUCCUCGAAUGAUCUAGAGCUCUUCUUUGCUGUUGCUUGGUCUAUUUGGUGGAAUCGCAAUCAAGCAAUUCAUGAGGACUCGGGCUCCCCUCCAAUUCAUGCUAGGGAAAUGGCAGGUGGAGUCUUGGCCGAGUUCAAGGCAGCUUGGGAAAUGGCAGUAGCUUUUGAAGAUGGGAGGAACUCGUGCAUCGGAGUAGUCAUUCGAGACAACAUUGGUGAAGUUCUUGCAGCUUCAAGAAAGGUUUUGCCUGUGUCGUUCUCGACUGAGAUUUCAGAAGCUUUGGCCAUGCAAGAUGGCGUGCUUCUCGCAGCGGAAAUGGAAGUCUCCCAUGCUAUUUUUGAGUCUAAUGCCUUAUCCAUCAUUCAAGCAAUUAACGAUGGGAUCCAUGGUGGUGAGCUCGGGCACAUAAUCAGGAACAUUAGGGAAGUGGCUGCUUUGUUUACUUGGUGCUCUUUUAAACAUCUGAAAAGGGAAGGCAACAAAGUUGCCCAUGAGCUUGCAAGGGUAGCUAGGAAUUUUGGUGCUUCACAGAUUUGGAAAAGGUCUUUCCCAAGUCUUGUUGAGCAUCUUCUUAUUGAGGAUCUCUAUUUGUAA